CAAGGACAUCAUUUCAUACGUGCAGGCAGGACUCAUCGGGGAGAAUCCUCUGGCUGCUCUGCCUGUCCAGCAGGGAGUCCAUCUGCUCGGAGACCUACCCCAAGGUCUUGGUCUUCAAACGGAUCCUAUGGGCCCCCUGAAGUCAAUGCAACAUGGCAGAUCCCUGGCAAGGGAGCAGGAGUCCCCCACAGCAACGUGCACCUUCCCCCAGACUUCCUCUCCCACCCUGCAGGGCAUCUCCAUGCGUGGCAUGAUGGGAGCAGAUGGCCUCACAGCACAAGGGGUAUCUAUACUGGGAGACCCUCCAAAAGAUGUGAACCAUCCCCAGAGUGCCUUCCUCGGUGUCAAUAGUGGUUUUCCCUCAGUAGAAAGCUGCAGACCUCACCCCUAUAGGAAAAGACCCACUCUAAGUAAUGUGUCCAACCAUCACACACAUCAGAGCUUACAGCCAAAUUACAACCUGCGCUACCAGGACUCCUACAGCCCCGAGUACCCUCCUCUCCACCAGGAUCCUCUGGCCCACCUGUAUGAACAGCAGGAGAACCUUGAUACUGGAGCUUUGGCUGGAUUUGGUCAGCAGCUUCCCCGUCACCCUGACUACAGUGAGCGGUUCCCCCCCUACAGUUACCCUCCCAGUGAACCCAUGUCCCCCUACUACAGCUCGGGGCCGGAGGACGGAAACCUUCCAACCCCCCAUCUCAACAGGGCUGUGGGAAUGCCUCCUGCGAGCCACGCCACAGACUUCCCCCCAGGCCUGAGCAAUGCUGCCAAGACUCCUAUUGGUGGCCACAAGCGUGUGUUCUCCCGGCUGAUCCCAUCUCCGGAGCCGAGCCCUGAGGGGGGCUACGUGGGCCAGCACUCUCAGGGCCUUGGGGGCCACUAUGCAGACUCCUACCUGAAGCGAAAGCGUAUAUUUUAGGUACAGCUGAAUGCUUCUUGCUGUAGGAGUAGCCAAUCAGCAGCCAGGACACAAUGGCAUCUCCUCCGCUCUCUUUUGGUGAACUUUAUAGCGUGGUGGUCCUUGGAUUUGUCUCUGUACUCCUGAGGGACCCCUGGAGGGUCGGGGAGUGCAGCCUGUUGCUAUCUGGACAGUUGUGUCACUUCAUUGGAAUUCUUGGUGGUUGUAUUUUUUUCUGUUGUGUAUAUAUGCUUUUAGUGUGUUGGUAAAUUUUAAGUUUUUACUUUUUUCCUUAUUUUUUUAAUUUGACCUUUAAUUUCCUUUUGAAAAACGUGUACAGUGAAGAAAAAAAAAAGAAGGUUAACCAGGAAAUGGAAGUAUUUUCUCUUGAUCAUUUUUAUUCCUGUGAGUGUGCCGUAUCAGCAGAGCUACUGAUAGUUUGGCCAGCUUUCAAUGGCGGCCAGAGGCUGCUUUUCACAAUGUAAAGUGAGGCUGUCCACAAUUUCCGUAAAGGGACUUCGUCGUAUUUAAAAACAAGCUUUAAUUCAAAAGUUUUACUUUUUCUUUUUAAACAGCCUUCCUAAUUCCAUGUAAAACGUUCAUUAGUUUGUUUAUAGAGAUGGUGUUCUUUCUUUUUUCUCUUUUCACAGGGUUGUAUAUUUUGCUUUAUAACUCUUUCUGGAUCCAGGCCUUAUUUCAUUGGUUAACAUGCAGCUCUCCAUCCACCAAUGACAGCUGUAUGUAGCAGCCUGUGUAUAAUGACACUGAAGCUUUUUACCCUUCUGGCAUAUUUUCUCAAGCCUAAUCUUUUCCACGUUGUUUGUCCUUUGAUUCACACCCUCCAACUUGUUUACGGAGUCUGUUCUCUACACUGGUUGAGUGAUGCACUUGGAGGUCACAAUCCUAUCUGUUCUCACCGCUAUAAGAUGCCAUUCUUAAGUCUUCUCUCACCCGUAUGUCCGGGAGUUAAAUGUUUUCUGUGUUUGUAUGAGUUCUGGUUUAUAAAGUCCAAACGCCACACUUCUGGUUGAGUUGAUUGGCCGGUGGACAUGUGCCAUCUCUUUUUGAGUUUUAACAUGUACUAAUGGAAGCUGGUGGCAGGUGAUUGGUCAGUGACAUGGCUGUCUGUGUUUUUCUUUUUUCUCUUUUUUUUAAUCUAUCUGGUUGACAGUUUGAUUGUGAAAACCCCAUUACCUCUGACUUCUGCUAGGAAAUGCAGCUACACUUGAGCCUUAACAGUGUUUUCUGUGACAUCAUCCUGCCCUGUGUUGGCUUACAUCUUACCAUUUCUGUGUUUUUUGCUGUGUAAAUAGUUAAGCUUGAUACUUUUCCAGAGUCCAAAACUUUUGUUUUUCUUAAAUCAUACCUGCCUCUGGUCUGGUGUUUUGAAUGAAUUUGCUGCUCCUCCUGUUUUUGUUGUUUGGCUGUAUGUGGGACAGCUGAGUGGCGCCACAGCAGGCCGCCCAUGUUGUGUAUGGACCAAGAGAUGCAGCCGUACUGUGUGAUCAUUUAUUUUGAUUCUACCAUCUUCUCAUCUGUACCGCCAUUGUUGUCUCUAUGUGUGUGAUGUGAGCAAGUAAAUGUUAUUUAAACUUA